AUGUCGUUGAAGCAGGAAAUCGAGACCUGGGUGCAGGCACUCAGUCACUACGACCAAACCGAGUACGAAGAAUCCUUGAGGGUCUUCGACAACAUUGCAGACACCUCCCGAAUAUUGUUUAAUUGCGGCGUUAUUCAUGCCACCAUCGGCGAGCAUGAGAAAGCCGUGGAGUGUUAUCAAAGAGCGAUCAAGCUAGAUCAAUACCUUGCUGUUGCAUACUUUCAACAGGGUGUCUCGAACUUUCUUCUGGGCGACUUCGAAGAAGCUCUCGCCAACUUCAACGACACAUUACUCUACUUACGCGGAAACACAUACAUUGACUAUGAUCAGCUGGGGCUUAAGUUCAAGCUAUAUUCUUGCGAAGUCCUUUUCAACCGUGGUCUGUGCUAUAUCUACUUGCAGCAAGAGGAACCUGGACUGCAGGACUUUGGCUAUGCCAGGAAAGAGAAGAUGACCCCGGACCACGAUGUGAUUGACGAUGCUAUCAAAGAGAAAGCAGAAGGCUACACGGUUUUCAGUAUCCCAGUAGGGGUUGUGUACAGGCCCAACGAAGCUAAGGUCAAGAAUUUGAAAACCAAGGACUACCUUGGCAAAGCCCGUUUGGUGGCGACCGCUGAUAGUGCCAACACUGGUGUCGGGUUUGCCGGUGCUGAGCGAGCGCAGGCACUGCAAAAGGCAGAUGCAGCCAAGGAUGAUCGACCCGCAGAGAAUAUCAGCUACGCUGCCACAAAUCUUGUCCAGAGAAGUCUUACAAGUCGAGUAGCUCGCGAGUCCAGUGCGCCACCUGUCAUGGGCCGCAACGUCUUUCCACCCACACCACCACCCGAGGCCGAGAAGCCUCGCAGUGGCAGUCGCAACAGUGGUGGAGCUCCCUCCAACCAGAACAAUCUGCCUAUGCGAUCGGCGUCCAUGCGCAACCCUCCCAGUAACAUGAUGCCGCCACCGCCACGAGGUCAGGGUGAGCCCAGGCCAGGCAUGCUUAGUCGAUCCCAAACGUUUGACAACAACGGAGGCUACGCCCGCCGGUCGGGCGAGCCUAAUAUGCCCUCGCCCAGAGCUAGCUAUGGAGAGCCCCAGUACAUGGAACGACCAAGAAUGGGGACUGUCCGCGGAGCUUCGGAACCACGAGGGGCGCGACAGCCAUACCCUUCUCGAUCGAUGUCAACCAGAGCACCGGCACCUGCGCCACUUUUUCGCGAGCAGCCUCGAGCACGCUUCGAACGAGAUCAAACCCAUGACACAGUCGAUGAUGUGUAUGGGCUUUAUGCUCAGUCUCGGUCGAGAGACAUUUACGGCGGACCCCGGGGUUCGCAGGCGCAAGGUAGCCCGUAUAUGCUUGACGAGGUUGACGAAGAUGAUUACGUUGAUGAUACAGAAGUCGGACCAGAGGAUAUGGCCGGAUUCGAACCCGUUUUCAAUAACCGAUCGCCACCUCAAUCUCGCAUGCAGCCUGCGAUGUCGGUCCGGCAGAAACGGGUGGAGAUGCGGAAAAUCCGUUGCAAAGUCCACGCAAAUGAAGACACUCGUUACAUCAUAAUGCAGGCCGAUGGACUCGUGGAUUUUGGUGAAUUUGAAAGCAAGAUCCGCGAGAAGUUUGCUGUCAAGAGUGCUCUCAAGAUCAAGAUGCGAGACAUAGAGGAUGGAGACAUGAUUACCAUGGGCGAUCAGGAUGAUCUCGACAUGCUUCUGCAGCACGUGAGAAGCCAAGCCAAGAUGGAGAAGAGUGAAAUGGGGAAGAUGGAGGUUUGGAUUAAGUAUUAG